AUGACUUGUGGUAUCGUCAACGGUGGGACCCUUAAGUACGCUGGGAAUCUUGGUGCGGGUGCAAGUAACCCCCACCUUCGAAACAUCGAUCGAAAUCUCCCCGGUCCGGACCAACCUCAUCAAAACUCAUACUCCCCUACUCCUACGGCGCCUCCUCCACCUACAACUCCUGGAGGGCCCGAUUCUGGCCUAGACCAGGAUUCGGCAACCCUGAACAAUCCUUCCUUGCUCUAG